AUGCAUCCGGUAACUCCAGGUGUAAAGCCAGGCUGUCAGGGUCAUUGUACCAGUUAUGGGAUGUACUGCAGGAAUGGAGGAAAGUGUGUGGAGAAAUAUAAUGGUUACUCCUGUGACUGCACUGCCACGGCAUAUGACGGACCCUUCUGCACCAAAGAUGUGGGGGGCUUCUUUGAGGCGGGCACUCUGGUGAGAUACAACUUCCUGUCAGAGGCAGCGGCAGCCAAUCAGGACGCAAGGUUCCUUGCCCAACCUUUAACUGCACAGGAAGUGAAUCUGACAGGAGAAGCAGUAGCGUUUAGCUUCAGUACAUCCAACACACCGGCUAUACUGCUGUACGUCAGCUCCAAGACACAAGACUACCUGGCACUGGUGCUACGGCAGAAUGGAACUCUCCAGGUGCGGUAUAACCUGGGCGGUCUCAAGGAGCCGUUCACCAUAGACGUGGACCAGCGUAACCUAGCCAACGGACAGCCACACACCAUCAACAUGUCCAGAAGCAACAGGACUAUCACCAUACAGUUGGACCACUACCCCCCUGUCAGUUACUCUCUCCCAGAGGCUUCAAACACACACUUCAACCUGGUCAAGACAUUAUUCCUGGGGAAAGUAUUUGGAGAUGGUGGGGUUAUGAAGUUGGAGCCAUGGGAGACCGAGGAUUACUUUGUGUACGGGUGCGGUGGUGAUGAGGAAGGGAAGGCUUUCCUGGUGCAUGGGUCCCACAGUGAGG